UUAUCCCAGUUUUUCGUUUCUCUCCAGGAAGACUCGAAGCAAAUUCCUGUGGAUCAAUUGGGGCAGAAAUUAUUGGAGAAAAAAGGGGUGUCCUGGAAUAAGAAAUACAGAAAACAAUAUGGAGCGUUAAGAAAGUAUUUGCAGCAUCACCCUCAGAUGUUCCAGCUGAGCCCUGAUGCCAACAAGGUGGGCCUGAAGGAAGCCCACGAGCUCCUGGUGGAGCUGGAUUCUCCAGGCCAAGCUUUGCAGAGCCCUCCUCAGAGCAAUGGUGUCCCCUGGAACUCAGAGAAGAACCCCCCGAGGCCGAGGGCCACCUCUGCUGGUGGCCACUGGUUUGAUCUCAACGAUUCCAAAGUCCAGCCCAUCAAGGAGAAGGAUAUUGAGAAACAAUUCCAGGGUAAAGAGAGUGCCUACAUGCUGUUUUACCGAAAAUCCCAGUUGAAAAGACCUCCUGAAGCACGAGGAAAUCCGAGGUACCAAAUUCCUGAGCACCUCCUGGAUGAGAUGAAUGCUGCUAAUACUGAGCUGCAGAAAAAGAGGUAUAUUGAUGGCACUGUCCCAGGCUCAACCAGCUCUUCCCUGCAGGUCUCCAGAGGAAUUUUUCUCAACCUGGGCAUUGAGACAAAUCUCACCCUGUGUUUCUUUUUUCAGUGUCUCAAUUUAAUGCUGCAGAAAUGUGGAUUAUCAGGUGAUAACUGGCAUUUGAGAAGGCUUGACUGGUGCUAUGAAGCAGGGGAAGCACUAAGUCAGGAAAAUGCCACCCUGAAGGAACUCAAUGUGUGCAGAGGAGACACUUUGGUCAUAACAGAAGGAAAACUUCCAGAAAAGGGUUUCCUGAAAAUUCCUAUCUGGUGGCUCAGGCCUUCAAGCCGUAAGAAACAUGGAGAGAAUGCUCAGGACCAAGUGAAUGGGCUGACCUGCCAGAUGGAAGCUUUGCAGGUGUCUGCUGGCACAGCUUCCCUAGAAACCAGCCACCCUUCCAUGGAGCUUUGUUAUGCUGGCAGGAUAGAAAUAGCAGGAGAAGCUUCUUUGGAGGAGCUGAAGGUGCAGGCCCUGACCUUGCCAUGCUGCCAGGAGCAGGUUGUGCCCCUGCCCUCGUUCCUCAGGGCGUGGACAGUGGACAGCAAACGCCCUGGAAAGCUCCUGAGGAACAACAAGCAGAGACUCAAUGACUACAAGUUGGGUGCCAGCAUGGGAAUCUGCAUAGAACCUCUGCAAAAAGAAGAGAAUUUGGGCCCCCAUGAGCUGCUGUUGCGAGUCCAGAUGGGAAUUCCGGGAGAAAGGGACUACUCUGACUGCAGGGAUUUGGUGUGGGAUAUCUCCAAGGAAUGCACCACCUGGGCACUGAGGCAGAGAGUGGCCUCUCACUACUGUCUCCCUGUGGAGAAAAUCGAAAUAGCCAAAUACUUCCCGGAGAGAUUCGAGUGGCUGCCAAUAUCCAGCUGGACACAGCAAAUUUCCAAGAGGAAAAGGAGGAAAAAGCAGGAGAGUUUGCAGUCAGCACCUUAUCACCUGAGGGAUGGAGACAUCAUUGGGGUGAAGAACCUUCUCCUUGAUGACACCAAGGACUUCAGCACCGUGAGAGAUGACAUUGGGAAAGAGAAGCAAAGGCAGCUGGCCCUGGAAAAAAAGAAAAGUCGCCAAGCCAGGAGUGUCCAGGAGCCCUUUUUCCUGGAGGAGAAGCUGCACACGAAGCCCCGGAAACCAGAAGUGGCUCUUUCCAUCAACGUGGGGGUUUUCAGAUAGCACAGGAGGGGCUUUGCUCACCACAACACACUGGAUCCAUCUACCUACAUGGAGCAGCCAGAGGGGCUUUCCCAAAGUGCCCUCAAGAAUCCCGGAGCCAAACUGGGGGGUAGGAUUCAGGAUAACUCGGGCUUUUCUCUGCUCUCUCUUGGGGAAGUGCUUUAGUGUCCCUUUCUCCACGUGGUACCUACUCUCAGGCUGGGUAAAUGCACUUUAUCUAGGAGGAAAUGGAGUAAUAUAUUCAAUGAUAUUGCUGACUCUUUUGUAUUCUCCCUAAAUGGAUUUUUUUGGGGCAGGUCUGACACGUUGCACCAUCACUACUGAGUUUUAAUCCAGUCAGAAUCAUCUCUCUGUAGAAUUUUUUUUUUCCCAUCCCUCAUCACUGAAGUUACUGCCAGUACCAGAAUUUGCUUUUCUCUCUUUAUAUGUAAACCUAAGUCUGUAGGAGCUGGAGCCAGACUUGAGGAAUGAAGGAAACAUGGAAAUCUCUGAACAAAGUGUACAGAAUGGGCUGAAAAAAGGGCAAAUUCAGGAUCUGUCAAGAUGUAAAACCCAGAGGGCUUCUGUGACCUGGAACAAGAGUGUGGUACUCUUACAUUUUGAAGUUUCUAGGGCUUUUUUUUGUUGCCACUAAAUUGAAUUUUGCAGUUUCUAGGACUUUUUUGUUGUCCAUAAGUUUCAUUAACAGACAAAACGGUUGGAAAGAGUUGACAGAUCCAAUGUUUGGAGUUAAGUGGGUUUUACUGUACUCAGGAAAAGGGCUUGUAUUUAUUUUCUGUGCUCUUUUUUCGGAGGAAUUUCCCUCAUUUCUCAUCUUUCCAGUUGUUGUAACACUCUAUUACAUUUGCCAUGUUUCUCUUGGUGUCACAGGGCUGAGGUGGAGCCUCUGACAUCAGGCCUCCGUGUCCAAAGUCCUGAAGUAUUAAGAUCAAAAGUAAGCCUGAUUAUCCCUAACUAAUAAUAAUGAGAGGACAAAAUACAAGUUGCUUUUGGGAACUGCAGCAAAUAUUUGACAGUGGAGGAGAUUUUGUAGCAGGAGCUGCCAGUUCAGCAGACUCCUAAAAUUUUGCCUAAGGUGGGAUUUUUCCUGUACCUUUUAGAGGUUAAGAAAAUUCUGGUAUUUCAGACAGCUGAAAGAUAAAAACUGACACUCAGAUAUCAGCAAAAAGAGAAGAAUAAGAAGUGAAAAGUGCUACAAAGCACAUGAUUAGUAUUUAUUUAUUUCUGUUCAUAUCUUUAAAAUUCAGCUUCUGUGCUUUUUGGGGCCGAUCACUCCAGAAGGGGCUCUUUAAUGUCCUUGAAUUCACUUGAAUCCUGAAAUCCUGGUUUCAUGGGUAGGUUUCCUGCCUGAGGUGAGGGCAGCCGAUGCUUUCCUAUCUUAUUUUGUCGCCUUCUUCCAAAUCAAGUGUUCUUGGGAGCCCAUGUUUCCAGGAGGGAUCCAGGUGCUGACUGGAAAGCUUUGUGUUUCCAGGUGGUUCCACUGCAUUGCACUUCUCUGUUGUCCCUUUAGUGCCUCCAGCUCUUGCUGGAGAGCUGGACCGAGCUCAGCCUUCCCCCUUUGAGAACUCUGCUUUCUCCCAGAGAACACCGAGGUUGGAGAAACUCAAGUGGGAAUUCCAAGAGGGGAUUUUGUGCCUUUGUUCAAGUGUAAUGUAGCAGCACCUGCACUGAACCAAUCUGGGAUUAUUUUUCAUAUUGGCUCAAAAAUGCAUAUUUUUUUUUUUUUCCUUAAAACUCUUGUGGGUCAUUCCACAAGGAAGAGAGUUUGUGGAAAACGGGGGGGGAUAGGGAGAGGGAACCCCUUUGGAAAACGGAGUCUUUGUGAUUCCGUGGGUUAUGAUGGUUGCAAAGCCUGGAAAAGCUUUCAUCUUUAUUUUUCAAGUGUUCUUCACGAAAUAAAAUGUCAUUUCUAGAUGCUUA